GCCGGUUUAUUCGUUUUUGGGCUGCGGUGCAUCUUUCUAAGUCUUUCACUUCACGCUCUACGUACUAUCCUAAAUCUUUCACGCCGACACACUCGACAAGCAUUUACUCGGUCGCGAAUCUUCUACGUCAUUCGAGAUCCUACUCCCUCGCCAUCGAGGUGGGAAGACCUUUUCGACAUUGCCUGACAUCGAGCUGGUCUCUUUUCCGAAUUCAUUGUUUUAUAUUCUCAUUGGGUCCCUUGAAUUAGGGUUUUGUUGAUUUUUGCUUGUUCUCAAUCUCACUGCAUAAUUACCCCACUCAUUACCGGUUGUUCCCACCAUGGUUGCAGAAACUAAGCUGUACGAUUCCUUGGGUAUCAAACCCGAAGCAUCCCAAGACGAAAUUAAAAAAGCAUACCGAAAGGGUGCAUUGAAAUAUCAUCCGGAUAAGAACAAGGAUAAUCCGUCCGCAUCGGAGAAGUUCAAAGAGGUAUCACAAGCCUACGAAGUUCUGUCCGAUCCCGAAAAGCGCAAGAUCUAUGACCAAUUCGGCCUCGACUAUCUGAUGCGGGGCGGCCCAGCCCCUCCGCCCGGUGGUGGCGCUGGCGGCGCUGGCGGCGCUGGUGGAAGUCCGUUUGACGGUGGAAUGCCCGGUGGUUUCUCAUUUGGAGGCAUGCCUGGAGGAGGUGGUGGUGCCCGGACCUUCCGUUUCUCGACUGGCCCCGGCGGUGGCUCUGGCUUCCAGUUCAGCUCUGCAGAUGAUAUUUUCCGAAACUUUGCCAAGGGUGGAGGCGCUGGCAUGGACCAUGACGAUCUGUUCGAUAUCCUGGGCGGGAUGGGUGGCGGCGGUGGCGGCGCAGGCCGUAGCUUCCGCUCAAGCCGUGGCCCUAGUGCCUUCCAGCAAUCUCAGCGCGCACCUACCCCCGAACCGACCGUAGUUGAAAAGGAAUUGCCAUUGACACUGGAAGAGUUGAUGCGCGGAACGACGAAGAAGGUGACCGUGAAGAGCAAGACUUUUGACACGAGCGGAAAACGCACUGUCCAGGAUGUAACUCUUGAAGCGAACAUUAAGCCGGGCUUGCGGACUGGUUCGAAGAUCAAGUACAGAGGUGUGGGUGAUCAAGAAGAAGGCGGCAGGCAGGAUGUCCAUCUUAUCGUGACAGAGAAAGAACAUCCCAAUUUCAAACGCCAAGGAGACAACCUCAUCACAACUGUUGAAAUCAGUCUAAGAGAGGCUCUCACCGGCUGGGACCGGAUCGUGCGCACAAUCGAUGGAAAGUCGAUCCGGGUAGCCAAGCCUGGUCCGACACAACCCGGGUACGAAGAAAGGUUCCCUGGUCAGGGUAUGACGAUAUCAAAGAAGCCAAACGAGCGAGGCGAUCUGAUAGUUCACGUGAAUGUCCGGUUCCCGGCCAGCUUGACGGCUUCUCAGAAAGAUAUCCUUAAAGACGUGCUUCCUUAAUCGUCUUCGUGCUUUUUGUGUUUUUCCAGUUAAUACCAGCAUCGUUGGCGUUGGGGCGAGCGACGGGUUGCUUGAUGAUGAUGUGAUGACAUGGGUUUUAUAUGAUUUCCACUAUUGUAUUUUGCUAGAUUCUGAUAAUAAAAGCUACAACACUUCGUCCUUAA